CCUUCAGGGUUCCAAAUUCCCCAUUAAAUGGACGGCACCCGAGGCGGCUUACCACUGUCAAUUCACCAUCAAAUCGGACGUCUGGUCUUUCGGUGUGGUGAUGUAUGAGAUUGUUACACAUGGCCAAGAACCCUUCCCCUCCAUGACAACCAUGGAAACCUUGGAUCAGGUGAACAACGGCUAUCGAAUGCCCCGACCUCCCACAUGCCCUAUUCAAAUAUACGAGCAAAUGCUCCAAUGUUGGGAUGCAAUUCCCAGCAGUAGGCCAACUUUCGUUGAACUCUUAGACUACUUCAAUCGAUACACUUUUGAGAAUGCAUCUCCCGAUGAAAUAGAUGGAUCGGCUUGCGAUGGACGCUUCAGACGUCGUGCUGGCUACCCUUAUAUGGGUUCCCCAGCUCGUUUCACUCCCGUCAACCUCGCUAUGUAG